UCUGGCACUCCUGGCAGUGGCAACGCUGGAGCUAACCCCAAGAACUUCUAGGAUUCCUAGAAUUUCCCUACAGCUCAGCAAUAUGGAGCAAGAUUUUGCAGUAAGGUGUAGAGAAUUUCAAGUUUUAUGAAAGUUGUGAAUGUUGAAUGGUGACCCGCCAUACUAGAAGCAAACACGCCUAUAUUGAAAUGAUGUUUCUCGCGAUUUGAAUGACAUCAAUGAUAAAUAGCAAAGAGGAAUCUUUGAUAAUAGUGACUCGAAAGGAAGGUUUUUAACUCUGGAACAUGCGAUUGUACGAUUGUGAUAGGAAGAGAUAUAGUGCAUGAUGGGAAAACUACUUUCAAAGAUAUUUGGAAACAAGGAAAUGAGAAUAUUAAUGCUUGGUCUAGAUGCUGCUGGCAAAACAACAAUAUUAUAUAAGUUGAAACUAGGACAGUCUGUGACUACAAUACCAACUGUUGGAUUCAACGUGGAGACAGUGACUUAUAAAAAUGUCAAAUUUAAUGUGUGGGAUGUCGGAGGACAAGAUAAAAUAAGACCUCUGUGGCGUCAUUACUAUACGGGAACUCAAGGGUUGAUAUUUGUUGUUGACUGUGCUGAUCGUGAUAGAAUAGAUGAAGCAAGGCAAGAAUUACAUCGGAUCAUCAACGACCGUGAAAUGAGAGAAGCAAUCAUAUUGAUAUUUGCCAAUAAACAGGAUUUGCCGGAGGCAAUGAAACCACAUGAGAUUCAAGAGAAACUUGGGUUAACUAGGAUUAGAGAUAGGAAUUGGUAUGUUCAACCAGCUUGUGCUACUUCAGGAGAUGGGCUGUAUGAAGGUUUAACAUGGCUGACCAGCAACCAUAAAUUAUAGCAUCUCUCUUUUUAGAUUGUGACCUAGCAGAUGCGGGUUUACCAAACUCAUAAAAUCAUUUCAGUUUGUUCUGUAUUCUCAGAGCAAGUUGAAAACUAAUAUUCGUAAUAUAUAUUGUAAAUAAUUAAAUUCGUAUUAUGUAUUAACUUGUUGUUUUAUAUUGUAAAAUAUUGUUGCUGCAUUUAAACAGAAGUAAGCGUUAUGAAGUUGAUGUUUUCUGAUGUAAAUUACCUAUUAUUUGGAUGAAAUCAUAUACAAGUUUAGUUUGAUUCAAUAUCCAUAGGUAACAAAAUCUUUAGGUGAUAUCUGUUUAUUUUUUGAAUAAAUUUCUAUCUAGAAUAUUGAAUGCAAGCACCCAGUUUUAUUUUGUCACAGUUCCAUUGUCUGUCUGACAUCAAAAUAUCUUUUUGUAAACUAAAGACUGAUAGAUUUAAGAAUAUUGGUUUCUUUAUUCCAUUUGCUUUACACCUGAAUUUUGACGAACACAUUGAAAGUACAUCAUAAUUGUAAUUUCGAAUUGAUGAAUCUUGAUACACAUUGAAGAAUUACAUUUUAGUGUGGUGCAUGUUGAGUAAUGCUCAACCUCUUUUUCAAAAUCCAAAUCAACUUUUAUAAUUCGAUGUUUAACAUGAUCUAUCUUAUUCUGUUUUGUGCAGCUUACAAAUCUAGCUUUAUCAGAGGUUGAUAAUGAAGUGUUUUGAUCGUUUAACUGGUCAUAAAUGUAACCACCAAACAAGUCAGGGUAUUUGGAAGAAAUUUUUUUCUUUAGUUUCUGAUACACUCACUAAAUGCCAAAAAAACCCUGAAUGAUAACAUGUGAUAUAUGACAUUCCAUAUGAAUGCUGAUAAUCUCUUAGAGCUGAUGCCAUGGAAAUUAAAACUAAAAUCCGGUGAAUCACUUGCAGUAAACUUAUGCAAUCCUGGAUUAGAAAUAUUUUCAUUGAUUGAACAAAAUUUGUAAAUGCAGAGACUUCAUAAUUUAACUGAGAUUUCUACCAAGAAGAUUCCAUAUAAUUGUACCCCUUUUUUUUAAAUAUACAAGUUAUCUUGUCUAAGAGAAAAGUUAAUUUCAGGUUUAUUCUUCUUAGUUUUAACUCUUCCCGAAUCAAACUAUGUCUCUGGUUUCAUUGUAUAAAGUGUUCUUUAUACUAUGUCCCUCCAAGGUUAUAUUUUCACAGAGCAUGAGUUUUGAUAUCUGAAAGUAUUACCGACAUUUCUCAAUUCUGUUGUAUUCAUUUUUAUUGGUUGAUCAAGAAUAAUGAGUACAAAUGUAUUCCCAAAAAAACCCAAAGUAUUUUCGUAGUUGGCUUAAUUUUCUGCUUUCAUCUACCUUAUGAUGUAUAAUUAAGACAUGAAUUUUUGUCUGCACUAUGCAACCAUGUAUCUGCACUUUUUGUUAGUAAAUUAUAAAACCAUUAUGCUGCUUGAUCGUCAACAUGUGAUGAUACUGACCAGAAUCUUCAUUUCUGGGGCAAAACAAAUAGCUCUCAGCUUAAAAAUUUAGCUCCGGUUAUGCUAAUAGAAGAGAAGUAGUAUGUAACCUUUUCCUCUUGAGAAAUCAUAGUGGCAUAAUAUUUUUAGCUUUGAAAUGCGGUUUUUAGUGUAGAUGCUUCAAUUCGCGAUGCAUUCUAUACAGCGACAUAUUUCUUUUUGUUUAGAUGUCGAAAAUAUACAAGGGCUAGUUUCAAUGAGAGCCCUGUUUUCUAAAAAGAAUGCAGAACUAUUUUUUCACAAAUAUGUUGUUACCCUUCGAAGUAUGGAAAUUUAAGCAUUUAAAUGGGAUUUCCGCUUAAAUUAUCACUUCUCAUAAUAUAUUUUCUGUAUUUUAACUUUCCUUUUAUUUUUGAUGUUCAAAAAUUAGGACUAGUAGAGUUGAGAGCUUGUCGAGAUAUGUAAAAAAUGCGAAGCUAUUUUUUCAAAAAUAAUAUGUUAAUAGUCCUAAUGCAAGUAUCAAUCUUUACUCUUCAUAAUAAUAUGAAUGAUUUCCUUGAUCAGUAUCUUUAUAUAGUGAUAGUUUUGGGAACAAGUGUGCAUUAUUUUUAUAUAUAUAUGCUUUAAGCAUGUUAGCUCAUCCUAUUAUUAAUAGAAAAGUAUCUCACGGUAAAUGAAUAUAUGAUUUUUUUCUUGUAUUUAUUAAGAUAAAUAUACUUUUGAAUUUGUUUUUAAA